CGUGUAGUAUGUUUAUUUGCUACACGCAGUCCCCCGCCGGAAUCUGAAUCUGACCAUGGCUCCGGUUCUUCGCAAACGGAAAAUUGAAAAAGACAGAAAGACAACAGCACCCAGCGAAGAAGGAGAGAUGGCCGUAGUGGACCCUGUAACUGUAAACAACAAUCGAAAGAUUGGCUGGUGCAAGGCUCGGAGGAAGGCCAUAAAGAUGAGCUGUAUUGCUGAUAUUUUGCCGCAAGAAGUCAUUUUUGCUAUCCUUCUUCUCCUUCCUGUGGAUUUCAUCUAUCAUGUAGUGAGUGAUUGGAGGGAUCCCAGGAAGUUUUUAGCUAAGUGGGGAUCUCUUUCCAUGAUGGUGAAGGUUAAUUCGUAUUUGAUUAAGACUUGGUUGUUGAUUGAUCCCAAAACGGGGCGAUGGGAGAAGUUACCCGACAUUAAUUUCGUCGCUUCUUCACGAUUGAGAUACCACCGCAUGCCUAUUGGUUCCCUUGGAAAUGGAGAGCUACUGGUGUUUGAGGAGUCAAGUGAAAUUAUUGUAUAUCAUGUCAAAAUGGGAAGAAUUGUUGCUUCAUAUCAACCAGAUGAUAAGGAAUACCCUGCUUGCAUGUACAAGUGGCGUUGCCAUCCCCAUGUUGAUAGCUUGGUCUCCUUGUCUCCCGCGACAACAACAGCAAAACCUGUAGAAGCUUACAAAAAGUAGGGCUGGGCCAUAUGUGUACGGAGACCUUACGUACUCAAAAUUGGGGAGAGUAUUUUCAAGACUCUCCGAGCUCGAGCAUGCAUCAAAGAAGGCGCAGAACAUAAAACCAACACAGAAGAAGCAAAAGCAAACGGACAAAGAAGAAGAGCGUAAAGAGACGAGGACACGAAUUGCCCGCAUCUAAAGCUUAUUUUAUGCUACUUUCACUUUUUUCGUAAUUUAUUUUGCUGUAAGCUUCAGUAGUUGUUUUGUAAUGAUAGCAGCAAUGUAAUUUUUUGUUUUAUAACUCCUAGCCGUCUUUGUAAGUUUUAUCAUUGUCAUGUGACUAUCAAAUAAUAUUCUUCCUUGUUCACUUGAUCUUGAGCAUAUGCGUGCCCGUGUGACUGCGAACCCACUGCCAAGACCUGAGGGAACAUCUCCCGAUGAAGGCCCAUCGUCUCCCUUCAUUAUUCCUUUCCUGGUAGCCUCCCUCCUGAUUUGGGCGUAUGCCUCUUCUACGGAGGGGAGGGGAUCUGUUUUGAGGAUAUCACGUUUUUCUACAUCAAACUCUUCGUUUAUGGCUUGUAGAAAUUGAUACAGACGAUUUUGUUGUUGAAUUUGUGUGAAAAUCGUCAUAUCCUCUGGGCAUUUCAUCGGGUUGGGUCGCCUCCUGUCGAUUUCCUUCCACACAGCUUGCAAUUGGCUAUAGACCUUCUCUAGUGUCUGGUCUCCUUGUUUGAUGCUGCUAGCUUUCAC